AUGCCAGAAGAUAAGGAGCAAAUUAGGAAACGAGCUAGUUACAAGGGACAAAUAACAGCUUUUUCAAAUUAUUUAAAUUCACUGAAGGUAUCUUCAUUGGCUGCUACUGAGGUAAAUGAGUUGCAAUUACGUAUUAGUAGGAUUGAGUCAAUGUAUGAACGAUAUGAUGAGGUACAAUUAUCCAUCGAGUGUAAUACUGAUAAUAUAGACGCCCAGAUAUCAGAACGAACUGAUUUUGAAUCCCUGUAUUUUAAAUCGCUUUCUCUUGCAAAAAGGAUCUUAGCAGAUUGCAUUAAGUCAGAUGACGUAAGCAGUGACGGUGGCUCUCAUUCCGGCAAUCAUAAAUUUGUUAAACUGCCCACUAUUCAACUACCUAAAUUUAAUGGUUCUUAUGAUAAUUGGUUAGAGUUUCAUGACACGUUCAUGAGCCUCAUACAUUCAAAUGACGAGAUAGAUGACAUAAAUAAGUUUCACUAUCUGAGAGCGUCGUUGGAAGGGCCCGCUGCUGUGGUAAUACAGUCAAUCGAAUUCUCGGCAGCUAAUUACACCGUCGCAUGGACUAUAUUAUGUGAUAGAUAUGAUAAUAAAAGACUACUAAUUCAAAAUCACGUGACAGCCUUAUUUAAUAUAGCACCAAUUAAUAAAGAAUUGUCUGUCAACUUAAAACGUCUUAUUGACCAAAUAAAUAAAAAUUUACGUGCACUAGAAUCUCUCGGUGAGCCAACUAAACAAUGGGACACACUUCUCAUUCAUAUUAUUACUCAAAAAUUAGAUGCUAAGACAUAUCGUGAAUGGGAAGAGUCUAAAGGUCGUUUGGAGAAAGAUACACCUAUUACGUUCGAUAUAUUUUUGAUGUUUUUAAAAAAUCGAGCCGAUUUAAUCGAAACACUAGAAAUGUCUAAUUCUGGUGCUACUAACCGUUUAAAUUCUUCUAUAAAAUAUGCUCCAAAAGUUAAGGCAAUGGUUUCAGUGCGGGAUACCGGUAAUAAAAACGGUUCGGCCUUUUCCGCCAAACUGUGUCCUAAAUGUAAGGGUGACCAUAAGUUAAGCAGUUGUCCUCAGUUUCUUGGAUUAAGUAACGAUGUGCGUCUACAGUUACUGCCAGAGUAUAAAGUAUGUUUCAAUUGUCUUAAUUCAGGACAUUAUGCAAAUCACUGCAAAAAGCCAGGAUGCAAAAUAUGCCACCGAAAGCAUAACACUCUCGUGCACGUCGCAGAUUACCAGUCAAAACCAAUUACAGAUAUUAAGGCCUUAACAGUGGUUGAAAUGCCUAAAUCUAGGAUAUUUAACCUUAAUACAUCUAACACGAGUAGUGGUAAUAAUAAGCCCGUUAUGCAAGGUCAUUUCGAACAAACAAACAGUUCGACAGGCUCACAGUUGUCAUCCAAUUCUAACGCACAUCUGUCAUUAUCCGCAAAGGUAGGCACUGCAUCGUGUAGUGAACAAGGCGACGUAUUGUUAUCGACGGCAUUAAUUAAAGUUAUAGGUAAGAAUGGUUGUCCAUAUAUUGCUCGUGCUAUUCUUGAUAGUGGCAGUAACGCUUGUUUAAUAACUGAAGAGUUAUAUCAAAGGCUAGGUUUGCCCGCUCAAAAUGUAAAUCAGUCGGUAGUCGGUAUUAAUAAUGCUUCGGCACACAUCAAGAAGAUUUGUAAGGUAUCGAUAAAAUCAUUGAAUGAUAACUUCUCUAGUAAUCUUCAUUGUUUUGUCCUACCAUCAAUAACCCAAAAUGUACCUACUAGAUAUGUUAAUUUGUCAAACUUAAAAAUUCCAUCUAAUAUUUCUCUGGCAGAUCCUAAUUUUCACUCACCUGCUCCCGUUGACAUGCUUAUAGGUGCUGAUGUCUUUUGGGACUUAAUAGGAACGCAGAGAUUAAAAUUAGGGGACGGUCAGCCGAUUCUUUGUGAAACUAGCUUAGGAUGGUUAGUAUCAGGUCCGAUAGAUUAUAGAUAUGUAAAGAAAGGGGUUAACUUUAUUAAAUGUAAUUUUACAAGAAUAUUUCAAGAUGAGGCUAGUAAAGAUUUAGAUGAAGAUAUACAAAAACAAUUAGUACGCUUCUGGCACCUCGAAGAGGUAAGCCCUGCGUCUCUUUAUUCAAACGAAGAAAAAUUAUGCGAAGAACACUUUUUAAAAAACACCACGCGACUGGCAAAUGGUCGAUUUUGCGUGAGGAUACCCUUAAAACAUAAUCCUGACGUAUUAGGUGAUUCUUGGCCACGAGCUAAAAAGUGUUUACUAUCGCUAGAGCGCAGGUUAGCAGGUCAAUCUCAGGUCUAUGAAAUGUAUAAAGAAUUUAUGUCAGAGUAUGAAAGUCUGGGUCAUAUGGAGAAAUGUGAUAAUGAUAAUUUACCACGUAAGAUGCAUUUUAUACCACAUCACGGUGUGCUUCGGGAAAGUAGUACUACUACUAAAUUAAGAGUCGUUUUCAAUGCUAGCAGUCCGACUUCUUCGGGUGUUUCCUUGAAUAAUAUACAGAUGGUAGGUCCCGUGGUACAGGACGACCUUUUGUCCAUUCUUUUACGCUUUCGGCUACACAAAUACGUUCUCACAGCUGAUGUUGAGAAAAUGUACCGGAAAAUAGUCAUUCAUCCCGAUGACCGCUAUUUGCAACAAAUUGUCUGGCGUGAUAACCCUUCAGAACAGCUUCAAGCUUAUCAACUUAACACCGUGACUUACGGCACCUCUAGUGCUCCCUUUUUGGCAACUAGGUGCCUCCAACAAUUAGGCUUAGAGUGUACCGAUGACAAGGUUGCUCAAGUGAUCAUUCACGAUUUUUACGUUGAUGACUUGCUAACGGGAGGGGAUGAUAUUAACGAGGUUACAGAUUUGCGCCGUAAAGUGACUUCCACACUUGCAUCAGCUCAUAUGGUUUUGCGAAAGUGGAAGUCGAAUGAAUCUCAACUGGUUAGUGAAAAUGAUAUUUCUCCGCUUGAUUUGAAUAUUGGUGGCUUUGAACCGACUAAAACUUUAGGCCUUGGUUGGCAAUCACAUACUGACGAACUUUGUUUCCCUAUAGGAGGGCUAUUCUCAGGUAGAACAAAGCGUGAUAUGUUAUCUGUGAUUUCUCAGAUUUUUGAUCCACUAGGACUUCUAUCUCCCUGUGUAAUUAAGAUGAAAAUGCUUCUUCAACAGUUGUGGCUGCUCAAGCUGUCAUGGGAUGAGCAGUUGACGCCAGAAAUCAGCAAGAUGUGGGCUGAGAUAAUAGUCGAUUUACCUAAAUUAAAUACUCUACGUAUUCCACGUCGUGUUAUUUGUGACUCGCCUAGUUUGUUUGAAUUUCAUAUUUUCUCGGACGCUUCUGAGCGAGCAUAUGGCGCCUGUUUAUAUGUGCGUAGUGUUAAUGAUCAGGGUGAGGUUUUAAUUCAAUUAUUGAUGGCGAAAAGUCGUGUCGCGCCGCUUAAACCUAUAACAAUCCCAAGACUGGAACUUUGUGGUGCACUUGUUGGAGCUCGCCUUUACCAAAAGGUUGUAGCAUCGCUGAGACAACAGGCUAAGCGCACUUUCUUUUGGACAGAUUCGUCCAUCGUGUUAGGAUGGUUAAAGGUGUUACCUAGCAAGCUACAACCCUUUGUCAGAAAUAGGGUUGCUGAAAUAUUAGAGACGACUGGAAAUUGCGAGUGGAGGCAUGUCCCAACAGAGUGUAAUCCGGCCGAUCAUAUUUCUCGCGGUGUGAGUUGUAAGGAUAUUUCAUCCAUGAGUAAGUGGUGGUCAGGACCUGAAUUUUUAAAGAAAGAGGUCUCUCACUGGCCUGCAAAUUUCUUAAGUAUUAAUCACGAGUUGCCUGAGAUUAAAUCGUCAAAUGUUAUCCUCCACGGAAUACUUCAUUCUAGCAACAAUGAAGAUUUAGGUGGGAAUAAAUUAAUUGAAUUUAAACGCUUUUCUAAAUAUACUAGAUUAAAUCGGACCGUUGCUUAUGUGCUGCGUUUUAUUAAUAAUUGUAGAAAGCAAUCCGUUCACGGUCCUCUAAGCAAUCAAGAGUUGCAAACCGCACUCAAUGUUAUUAUAAGAAUAUCCCAGAGUGAAUCAUUUGAGGAAUACACCAUGUUAAUUAAAAAUAAAAGUUUACCCACUAAAAGUCCGUUGCAUAAAUUUAAUGUAUUUCUCGAUGAUAAUAAAAUAAUGCGUGUUGGAGGGCGUCUUGAAAAUUCCGAUUACUGUUAUGAGAAAAAACAUCCCAUACUUAUACAGUCCACUCAUUAUUUUACCAAAUUGCUCUUCAAUUAUGAGCACAUAAGGUUAAUGCACGCGGGACCACAGCUAAUGUUGGCCACUAUAAGAGAGAUGUACUGGCCGAUUAGAGGUCGUAAUUUGGCCAGAUCUUGUUAUCGACAAUGUGUAAGAUGUAAUAGAAUGAAAGGAAAAACCAUCUCUCCAAUAAUGGGCAACCUACCACACCAACGCAUCCUUUCUGGUUUUCCAUUUCAAAAUAUUGGACUAGACUAUGCGGGACCAAUUCAAUCUGUUUCUCGCCAUGGCCGUGGUUGUAAAAUUGUAAAGGUGUAUAUAGCUAUUUUUAUUUGCUUCGCGACUAAGUCAAUUCAUCUUGAAUUAGUGGGUGAUUUAACUAGCAAUACCUUCAUAUUAGCUUUGCGCAGAUUUAUGUCUAGAAGAGGGAAACCUCUUAAUAUUUAUUCGGAUAAUGGUACCUCCUUUGUAGGCGCAUACAAUGACAUUUCAAAAUUUAUUAGGACGUAUUGUAAUUCUUUAUCUGAGGUAAUGGCAAAUGAAGGAAUUAAUUUCCAUUUCAUACCGCCUUAUUCUCCCCAUUUUGCUGGGCUUGCGGAGGCUGGUGUCAAAUGCAUUAAAUAUCAUUUAGUUAGAGUGCUGGGCAAUUGUAAUGUGACUUACGAGGAACUAAAUACCACAUUAAUACAAAUUGAGGCUAUACUUAACUCCAGACCACUCACACCUUUGUCAACGAAUCCUGAAGACUUGCUACCACUAACGCCCGGUCAUUUUUUGAUUGGACGCCCCUUGACUUCCUUGCCGACACCAGACUAUAAAGAUCAUUCCGUAAGCUCUUUAACCCGAUUUCAACGAAUAGAACAAUUACGUCAACAUUUUUGGGCUAGAUGGAGCAAGGAAUAUAUAUCAGAGCUUCAACUGCGAAUGAAAUGGCGUUCCUGUAAAGGCUCUUUGAAGUUAAAUUCACUGGUACUCCUAAAAGAGGAGAAUUCACCGCCAUUAAAGUGGAAGAUGGGUCGCAUCGUCGCAGUCCAUCCAGGCUCGGACGGCGUAUCAAGGGUGGCGGAUAUCAAAACAUCGACUGGUAUAGUUCGCCGAUCAUUUAGCAAAAUUUGUCCGCUUCCUGAACCUGAAGAAUCUGGUUGA